CUGAGCUUCCCUGUUCGGUGUUAACAAGCGCUGUCUCUUUGUAUUAUUACCUGAAGCUGUGAGAACAAGACGUACUGUGUGAAAAAGAACAACUGGUACAGUAUGGCCUCUACCAUCAGAGUCCUCCCGGAGAAGCACUUUAUGUGCUUUCUGUGCAGAGACAUCUUCACCAACCCAGUGACUAUACCAUGUGGACACAGUUUCUGCUUGUCCUGUCUCUGCCACUACUGGACACGACACCAGUCCAAAUACUGUCCUGACUGUAGAAGAGUGUUUCCCGACAGGCCCGACCUCAGUGUCAACCACAUCCUGGCAGAUGUGUCUGAUAACUAUAGGAAGACUCGAUCUCAAAAACCACAUGAUGAAGAGACGGUUAUGGAUGUUGAGCAAAUGGUUCAGGAAAGGCUGCAGAAGAUAGAAAAGCUAAAAUACUCCCUUGAGCUUCAGAAGAGCUCUUACCUCCGGGAGGUACGGGAGAGUCAAAAGGUCUUCUCUGCCCUUGUAAAUGCAAUGGAGAAGAGUCACAAAGCAGUUGUUGCUGCAAUUGAGGAGAAGCAGAAAGAAGAAGAGAGGAGAGUGGAAACACUGGUAAAAGAAAUCAAACAGGAGAUUCAGCAACUAAAGAAGGAGGUCAGUGAAUCUGAUCCUCUGGCUUCUGGUGAUGACACAAAGCAAAUUAUAUUGCCCUCUGACAUGAAGGAUUGGUCCAAGGUUACCAUAGAAACAGACCCAUGUGUUGGGGUCACCAGAAGAGCGCUGUCAGACAUCCUAGAGAUGACAAAGGCAGAGGUCAACAGGCUGUCAAAAGCUGAACUUAAAAGAAUAGAAAAAUACACAGUCGAUGUCAACCUCAGUGGUAAGAUAGCCCAUCCCUUCCUGUCUGUCUCAGAUGACAGAAAACAGGUGAGGCAUACUAACAAGCUUCAGGAGGUGCCAGAUAAUCCCAAGCGCUUUGACCGUGUGCCCAACGUGCUGGCCAAAGAAAGUUUCAGCAGUGGGAGGUGCUACUGGGAAGUGGAAGUUGGGGAAAAAAUUGAAUGGAACCUGGGUGUUGCCAGACAGUCCAUAAACAGGAAAGGCAAGUUCACUGUCUGUCCUGCUAAUGGCUUCUGGACUUUGAGCCUGAAAGCUGGAGGUCAGUACGUUGCCAACACCUCACCUGUAACUUUGGUGGCUCUGGAGCAUCGACCCAAGAAAGUGGGCAUCUUCUUGGAUUACACAGAAGGUUGUGUGUCCUUCUACUGUGCAGACUCUGGAGUCCACAUUCACACCUUUGCAGAUAAAUUCUCUGAUAGACUUCAUCCAUUCUUCAGUCCUGGUCGCCUGCAUGGUGGCAGAAAUGCAGCACCCUUAAUCAUCUCUUCUAGUUUUUGCAGCAUCUGAGCUGCU